GGUUCGACCGAGUCAUAUACGGAUAUAUCAGUAUAACGUAGAAGAGCUGAUAGUUCAAGUCUGUUCAAACUGGGAUUUACAUCAACGAGGCGAAGACCUCUGUGCACACUUGUACAAUCGCUUUAAAACUUAGGAAAUCCCGUCAGCAAAAUGACUCUCGUGUAGCGUUUCUCCAUUUGGAUACGGUAUUCCAGGGAAUUGUCGGCCAUAAUACCACGCCCGGAGAGGAUACUUUAACACGGGAACAACACUAUUCAUGCAAAUAUUCCCAUCACAAGUUCCUGGACAAGAGACUUGACUUUCUCACGAAAGAAAACAUCAAGUGUCGAUGAGGAGAAUGCUGAACGCGCGUCUACCGUGGAGUUAUUAAGCCUGAUCAAUGAUUGUCUGAGUAAUAUCAAACACAGAACAACCACGUUAGGAUUAAAGCCAGCUGGGACAUUUUGAACUGAAACAUUAAGGAUGCUCUACAGCUACAGAAACAUUUUAUGAAUGACGAACGCAUAGUAUAUUCUCCCUUUAGCUGCAAGGAAACUACUUCUAUGGCAUUUUCCGAGAGAUUAGAUGAGAUCCGGGACUGAUUUUCCUUAAAUUUCACUUAAAUUGUAAAUCUUCCCGGUGGUCAUGACGCUGGACUCGAUGAUGGCGUGCUGCUUGAGCGAGGAGGCGAAAGAAGCGCGGCGUAUCAACGAUGAGAUCGAGCGCAAGCUCCGCCGUGACAAGAAAGAUGCGCGGCGCGAACUCAAGCUGCUACUACUAGGCACUGGUGAGAGUGGAAAAAGUACCUUUAUUAAACAGAUGAGAAUCAUCCAUGGCUCAGGGUAUUCAGAGGAGGAUAGAAGAGGCUUUACCAAGCUGGUCUAUCAAAACAUCUUCACAUCUUUGCAGGCCAUGAUACAAGCUAUGGAAACUCUACACAUUCCCUACAAAUAUGAGCUUAAUAAGGCCAAUGCAAACAUUGUCAAUGAAGUGGAUGUAGAGAAGGUUUACAUGCUUGUCAGCCCCUAUGUAGAUGCUAUCCGGAGUUUAUGGAAUGACCCGGGAAUUCAGGAGUGUUAUUACCGGAGGAGGGAGUACCAACUUUCAGAUUCUACAAAAUACUAUCUUACUUCACUGGAUCGCAUUGCUGAUCAUGCCUAUGUUCCUACCCUGCAAGACGUUCUCAGGGUCAGAGUGCCUACAACAGGCAUUAUUGAAUACCCCUUUGACCUACAGAGUGUCAUUUUCAGGAUGGUGGAUGUAGGUGGCCAGCGGUCAGAAAGGCGAAAGUGGAUUCACUGCUUUGAAAACGUCACCUCGAUCAUGUUCCUGGCAGCACUCAGUGAAUAUGACCAAGUUCUAGUAGAGUCGGACAAUGAGAAUCGAAUGGAGGAAAGCAAAGCAUUGUUUAGGACGAUAAUAACAUACCCAUGGUUCCAGAAUUCAUCAGUUAUCCUUUUUUUGAACAAGAAAGACCUUUUAGAGGAGAUAAUAAUGUUUUCACACCUUGUAGAUUACUUUCCUGAAUUUGAUGGAGCCCAGAGAGACGCUCAAGCUGCAAGAGAAUUUAUCCUGAAGAUGUUUGUCGACCUGAAUCCAGACACGGAGAAAAUAAUUUAUUCUCACUUUACUUGUGCUACUGACACAGAAAACAUUAGGUUUGUUUUUGCAGCGGUCAAAGACACCAUCUUGCAGCACACACUAAAGGAAUACAAUCUAGUCUGAAAACAGACCUUUACACUUUUGCUUUUGUCCAGCCCAGUUAAAGAGCUUAUCAGAUAGCUUGAGUCUGAUUAAUAAAAACUCUGAUUUAAUUGUACGCUGGUCUGAAGUUGGACACGUAUGUUAUUUCUCUAUGAAUUGUAGGAAGAAACACACGCUGCUUAUAACUCACAACUAUUUAUUUGCACAUUUGUCUGUAAGGUCCAACUUAAUUGUUUAUCCAUUUAAAUUAAAAUUGUUACUGAACAGCAUUUGUAAACAUUCUUUUGGUUUAAAGAUCAUGUUUACAUUUUUAUUGCUACAGUAGUGCUCCAUCUUAGGGUAUUUGUUUAAUUAUUCUCAGCAGCAGCAUUAGAUAAGUAAGAAAGCUUCAGUACUUGUAUGGUAUUCUAAUGUGGUAUUCUUUCAAAGGCAGAGAAAACAAUAGAUAGGGGGCUUUUCUGCCCUGCAAAGCAUUUGCAUUUGUAAAGUAUAGAAAAUAGUUUUUUGAAAGUUACAUUAAAUCUAAAAGUGCCAAAGCUUGUAUUACUAAACUUAUGUCAUAUGCAAUAACCAUGCCCUGUUUGUUUAGAAAACAAUAGUAUGUUCUGUUUGUAUUUUUAAAUGAGUGUUGUUUAUUUAUGUACUCUAUGAUAUGCCAAGAGGGGGAUUUUCUGUACUGUAUGAUACCCAACCAAUGUCUUCAUUUAACUAAUGAUGCUUUCUGGUAUUGUAAAAGUGUGGUUAGGUGGUGUAACCAAGCUUUGGUCAAUAUGCAAGUCAUUUUCAAAGAAACUGCCUCUUUGUGAAUUUGAAAGUAGUGAGUCAAAAAAGAAAAGCCAUGGCCAUGAGUAAAGGACCAAAUUACUUUUGCGAUCAUUAAAAACAUUUUUGAUUGGAAGUUGUAAACUAUAUGGACAUCUCUGAAUAUGGAUCCUUUUUUGCUUUUAAACAUUUUUGCAAUAAAAGGCUGCUUUUUAGAAAGAUUAUGUGUUUGUAUACUGUAUGAAGUAUAACAUUAAUUCGACAUAAACCCCUUUAACAGGUUAACCCCUUUAAGCCCCAAUAACAUGCUAUCUUAUGCAAUGACAUAUACAUUUUAAGCAUGGAUUAAGCGUGUAGAUACCUUUAUGCUCGUCGUGUUUUCCAAAAUAAAUAGUGUCGCUGUUUUAUUGAUUACCCACAGGCUUUACCAGGAAAUCUGAUAUUAUGCAUUCUUUACAGUAGUCCAUUGCUGCCUGUUUAUAAACUUCCUCAUUCUGCAAGUGUAAUGUUACACAAGAUACCUACAUGCUCAGUAAAGUACACACUUCAUUUAAGAGCAAAAAAGGGGGCUACAGAGUUUUUUUGUUCUCCAGUGAAAUCAAUCAGUCAAUCAAAAUGUAAAAUGUUUGUUUUAUAGCAGCUUUACAUAACAGAAACCGGGAAAU